GGUAACAGACUGACAGCGAACCAAAGCAGAGAACAAUGGCGCCCGCAAACCCUAGAAAUUGGCGGUUCACAUGGGAAGCCCAGUCUCACAGCCCUACGCUCCGAUUAUUUCUAUUCAACGCGGAUACAAAUCCUGCCGUUCACUGCAAGAAUCUUGAGGUCCAUUUGGAUUUCCCAAAGUUCUUUCUGCUAGUGAACUGGGCAGGGGAUGAAGACGUCAAGCCAAUCUCGCUUAGGGUUCCCAUUCCAAGGGUGUUGAUCGACCCCGAAGCUCCGGUCCGUUUUAGUGCGCUUGAUGAUCAUAUUGAACUUAAACUAGCGCUGCUACUUCCUGUCGAUCAUCAAAUUGUUUUGCGAUUUGAUUCUGUGUUGAAUUUAUCUGAUGGAGAGAACAUGGUAGGGGAUGAGGUUAAACCGCUCUCGAUGGACUAUGACACCAAGAGUUUAUCAUCAGCAGAUGGGGUGCACUUUUACUGCAGAAGUUGCUUGACUAGGUUGACUAAGAGUCCUCUUAGACAGUUUGUGGAAAUGCCAUCUGUAGACUGGAACGAUGUGGCUGACAACUGGUUUGGAGGUUGUUGUUGUUCAUUUGGAGGCAUAAGUGAGAAGCUGGUGGCUAGGUAUGCAAAUUUGUACAAUUGUGCUGAGGGUACAUGCCUCUUAAACUCAGCAACUGUUACACUCCACAAGUAUGAUCUUGUGGAAUUCAAGAUUAAAAGCUUUGAUGGAAGCCAAAAGAAUGAGCCUGGAUCAGACGCUGCUGGAAACUAUGGGUUAAGUGUGGAUAUGGUAGAUUUUGCAAGUAAUCAUGGGCUACUCACAAACUGUCAUGGUCAAGACGCAGGAUUGCAGUAUGAUGAUUGGAAACUAAGGUUCAAUGAUUGUGUUAAUGGAAACCUUAUUAGUAGCCACAAAUGUGAAGCUAAUGGAAAAGAAAGUAGUGGCGACCAAUCAUGUUGCUUGUCACCCGUAUCAAAUUUCUCGGAGACCUUGGCAUCUGCUUCAGGAUGUUGUGGUGCAACAAGUGAUGUUCAAAAUGAUGCUGAUGAAACUUCUACAAGAAACCAAAGUAUCAUACAUAACACAGAGCUUACAGCUAGUCAAAAGUAUUUCCUCAAUGGCUUCCUUGGAAAUGUUUUUAUGGCUCGAUCCUCUAAUCUCUCUACGGAUAUCAAGUGGAUAGAAUUUAUCUGCCCUCAGUGUUCAUCUCUGCUUGGGGCUUAUCCUUGUGGUAAUGGUGAGAUACCAAUGGGUGGUGGAAUUCAGCUCUUCAAAUGUUACAUUUCCACUUCUUCGGUUGGUGGAUCCAGUGAUCUGUUCAGGGAAUACACCUUGGAAAAAAUGUUCACAAAUCGGCUGCUGGAAAAUGCAAAAUAUGAGUUAUCAUUUAGGACUGUUGUUAGGGACUUGACCACCAAAUCUACCAUACUUCAAAUUGUUCUCUUAAAUCCAAACUCAUGGUGCUAUAGCGGUGAUUGUUGGGGCAUAGAGAAAAUGGAAUCAUUUUCAAAGAUAUCUCUACACCCUGUUAUCAAGGUGCUGUUUUCUGAUUGUAGUAACGGUGCAGAAUCUCAAAUAAGGAUAUUAGGAGGUAAGGUUACGAAUGAAGUAGCUGAAGAAGUUUUCAUGUUGAGACAUCAGGUAGAAGAAUUGAUUCAAUGUUUGGCAUCUGCAAAGGUUUUACUUCCUCCUUCAUGUACAACCAUCCAAGGUUUUCAAUUGUCAUCCUUGCAGAGGUAAUAAUAGUAACUUAUUUUGUAGCUCUUCUAUAGCGGAUCCUAAUAUGCCAACCAGAAAGGCUAUGAGGUGUUGCUUAGAAUGCUGACUGAUAAUGAGCAACUGCUUGAAGAAUAUAUUGAAGGAACUGCAUUCUAUGUUACACAAUGUGUGAAAUAGCAAAUAGGCCAAAGCAAUUCGAGGGUCUCUGAAA